AGCGGCGGAGCGGAGCCCGAUUGCACGGCUUGGCCAUAGCAGCGGUCGUUAAUGGUCGGUGCGUGGCCGGGAGGAAACCUGAUCGGCUAGAGCCGGCCGAGAGCAGGAGGAGGAGAAGGAGGAGGAGGAGGAGUGGACUUUGCAGAGAGAGAGGAAAAAAAAAAAGGGGGGGGGGGAAAGAGGAAAAAAAAAAAAAACAAAAAGGAAAACAAACCAUGUCUUCUGCCUCCCCCACGGCCGAGAUCACGAGCGCGGUGGAGAUCAAGCAGGAAAAUGUGAUGGAAAUGCUCUCCGAAGCCGUGCCCCCCGACGGGGCGGCGGCGGGAGCCCUGAACCCCGCGGCGCCGCCGCCCCCCCCCGCCGCCGCCGCCGCCCCGUUCCCCAUGGAGCACGGCGGGGAGGAGGCGGCCGCCGAGCAGGUACUGCUCCACACGGAACUUCUGGCCAGGAACCACCACGCUGCGGCCGCCGCCUCGCCCUCCUCCUCCUCCUCCUCCUCGUCGUCGUCCUCCUCCUCGUCCUCGUCGUCCUCCUCGUCGUCGUCUUCCUCGCAGACCCCCCUGGCUUUCUCCCCGGACCACGUCGCCUGCGUGUGCGAGGCGCUGCAGCAAGGUGGGAACCUGGACCGCCUGGCCAGGUUCCUGUGGUCUUUGCCCCCAAGCGAUCUGCUACGUGGCAACGAGAGCCUGAUGAAAGCCCGGGCGCUGGUGGCUUUCCACCAGGGUAUCUACGCCGAGCUCUACAGCAUCCUGGAGAGCCACAACUUCGACUCGUCCAACCACCCGCUGCUGCAGGAGCUCUGGUACAAAGCUCGCUACACCGAGGCGGAGCGAGCCCGGGGCAGACCCUUGGGGGCGGUGGACAAGUACAGGCUGCGGAGGAAAUACCCUCUGCCCAGGACGAUCUGGGACGGCGAGGAGACGGUGUACUGCUUCAAGGAGAAGUCCCGCAACGCGCUCAAGGAGCUCUACAAGCAGAACCGCUACCCCUCGCCGGCCGAGAAGCGCAACCUGGCCAAGAUCACCGGGCUGUCCCUCACCCAGGUCAGCAACUGGUUCAAGAACCGCAGGCAGCGGGACCGCAACCCUUCGGAGACGCAGUCCAAAAGCGAGUCAGACGGCAACCCUAGCACGGAAGAUGAAUCCAGUAAGGGGCAGGAGGAUUUAUCUCCACAUCCGCUCUCCAGCUCGUCCGAUGGAGUUACCAGCCUCAGCCUUCCCAGCCACAUGGAGCCUGUGUACAUGCAGCAGCUUGGAAACACUAAAAUAGCCUUGAGCUCAUCUGGUGUCUUGUUGAAUGGAAACCUUGUGCCUGCCAGUACUUCUCCUGUCUUUCUCAAUGGUAGCUCUUUUCUUCAGGGACCCAAUGGUGUAAUUCUCAAUGGACUCAGCGUGGGGGCUUCCCAGACAGUAACUUUAAAUUCACCCAAAACCACUUCGAGUGUUGUGAGCAACGGGGUAUCCAUUACUGACAUAUUGUCAUCAUCUUCAGAAGAUGUUAAGGACUUCAAACUCCUUCAGGCUUCAGUCCCUAACACAGCAGCAGCCGCCACGUUCAGCCCCAGCAACAUACCGGUCUCAUUCCCAGGAUUGAUACCAAGCUCAGAAGUGAAAAGGGAAAGCGUAGAAACUGUUGCUUCCCAAGAUGGAGGCUCUGUAGUUACUUUUACUGCUCCUGUCCAAAUAAACCAGUAUGGCAUUGUCCAGAUCCCUAAUUCAGGAACAAAUGGCCAGCUGCUGAACGGAAGCAUCGGUUUUUCUUCUCUGCAGCUGCCUCCUGUUUCUGUGGCAGCUUCACAAGGUAACGUUUCAGUAAAUCCUAGCACAUCCGAUGGGGGAACUUUUACGAGCGACUCUUCAACGGUGCAACAAGGAAAGGUUUUCUUCAGCCCCCUCACUCCGAGCGCAGUCGUUUAUACGGUUCCCAAUUCAGGUCAGACGGUAGGAUCUGCUAAGCAAGAAGGACUGGAAAGAAGCCUUGUGUUUUCUCAGUUAAUGCCGGUCAGUCAGAACACGCAACUAAAUGUAAACAUGUCUUCUGAAAAUAUAUCCAGCGGAGGACUCCAGUACCUGGCCUCCUCGUUAGUGAAUGUAACGCCCUCACAUAAUUUUUCCCUCACACCACCCACUCUUUUAAAUGCUGCAGAACUGAACUCUGGUAUCUCAGAGAGCCAGUCCAUGUCAUCACCCGUAACCAGUACCUCUACCGUGAUAUCUAUCAGCAACACUAACUAUGCAACCCUUCAGAACUGUUCGCUCAUUACCAGUCAAGAUCUGUUGUCCAUUUCUACAGCACAGCCCGCACUUGGAGAAAUAGUUUCUGCAACCGGAGACCGUGUCAGCCACCCGUCUGCACAAGUACAUCAAGAUUUUGUCAGAGAGCACAGGUUGGUUCUGCAGGCUGUACCCGAUGUCAAGGAGAAUUUCUUGCCUAAUUCGGAAAGUAAGUCAACUGGCAACUUAAUGAUGCUGGAUUCAAAAUCCAAAUAUGUUAUGAGUAACAUGGUUGACACGGUUUGUGAAGAACUGGAAACGGACAAAAAAGAACUUGCCAAACUGCAGACAGUUCAGAUGGAUGAAGAUAUGCAAGACUUGUAAUUUUUUUCUUGCUUUCUAUUUCACUAGCUAAGUCUCCUGUUGAGGCCCUAACAAGCACCAAGCGGGGUGUUUGUUUGUUUUUUUUUUUCAUUUAAAGAAAAUAGAAGAACAUUGACAUGGUCUGAAUUAAUGUACAGAGGAAACUCCGGCAAUGGAAUUAGGUUGCCGCACUUGGUUUGCAUGCAGUAUUCUCUUUUAAGCAGAUUAAAGGAGAAAGGAAACGCCAGGGGAAGUACCAAGCGAAUGGGUACAGGUUUGGCUACCUGCUACUACGCUGAUAAUUUAAGUAGACUCUCCAUAGUGCAACAUGCUCUCAACAGUAAGUAUACACUCCUAACGUUAGGUAGAAGACAAAAAUCUCACUCCGAAAAGGUAGAAACAAUGCAGUCAUUUUCGCUGUUUACUUCUAGUCCGUGGGCAUUGAAAAAUUUUUAAGAACUCUAGACGAUACCUCACAGGCCACUUUUUUGUUGUCUGAGGUUAAGAAACGAAACAAAAUCAUGAAUAAUCUUGUUACUGGUGUGUUUGCUUUUUUCCAGCAGACUUGUGUUCAUACCAAAAAUCUCACAUCAAACACUUACAGGUUUCUAAAUGCUACAGCUAGCAUUUUGUCAGUGCACCAGAAAAGCAUCAUCUGAAACUCUAAUUAUGCAACUCAGAAGCUUUCUCUCCAGUAUGAAUGUAAAUAUUGUUUCAGUUCUUAUAAAGGAGACUUUUUUUAAAUUAGUACAAUGGAUUUUAUUUAUGGUUUAUGUUCCCUUUUACUUUAGACACAGUGCAUUGAAAAGGAAAACGUUUUCUGGCUGUUUAAUUUAUUUUUAUUGUUUGAGCAGGAAGUAAACGUAGUUAUUUCUGACAAGGUUUUACUUUUUUGUAGUUUUUCAAGCAAUAGACUCUAAAAGUAAAAUGUUAAUCACACUGAAACUAGAAGAUGAGCUCCCAGUCUCACAAACCCAGGAGGUCCUUGUCUCUACCCCCUCUGUCUUUGUGUUCAGGGGUUUUUUGUUUGUUUUGUUAGUAAUUUGCAAAUUAGUUGAACCUUUUUUGUGUAUUUUUUACAGAAUUCCAUGUGCCUUUCUUCCUAGUGGCCUUAUCUUUGUUACUAAAGCACAGUAGCAGGAGGAAUACAAACACUGACUUGCAACUAUCCGUCCUCAGGGCCAAAUCCUGAUGCCUUACUUUUGCAAGUAGACCUGCUGACUUCAGUGCCCCUACUUGCACGAGUAAGAAGAGUUAAAGUCCUUUGGUCGUGGUGGGUGACAUUUACCAGUGGUGCGGGGAGCCAAAGAUAGGUCCUCUGCGCCGCGUAAGCUGGGCAGGAGGAGUCGGCGGAGAGCCCACGGGCAGCGCAGCCGUGCAGAGGGAAAGAUCUUGGCUCCUGCCUCGGGCAGAUGAGUGUGAAAGGUUGGCUGGGCGGGCCAGGGAGGGGAGUCCCGUGUUUACACGGCCCCCUUGGCCAAAUAGCCCGUGUGGGAGAGCUUCAGCUGCUCUUCAGCAAGCAGGCCCCCAUCCAGGAGUGCACUUAAGUGUGUAUUUAUGUAUCCUUCCAGAAUAAGCAGCGCAGGGGCUGAUGGUGGGGGCUGCAGCUGCCCGACAGGUCCCUCCCUCUUCACCCCUCCGCCGGGGCAGCACGAGCAGGCAGGCUCUAGGCAGGCGGAACACAUUUCGCCUUUCCUCCAGAGGAAUUUUUGUAGCAUGGAAAAGCACAUCCUUAAGCUUUAAGAUAAUAAUAAUAAUACUACAGGUGUAUAAGAAUGACAUGCUGUUAGUCUUUGUGUUUCUGUUUUAUUUGUAUCUCUUAUUCUAAUGUGAAUAUAUACAGUAGCUAAGGCAUGUAUUCAUCCUCAUCGGGGGCCUGGUCCGGAGCCUUUGGAAGGCAAUGGGAACAUUUUUCAUCCACUUCCGUGGGCUCCGCAUCAGGCCCAAGACAAAAAAACACUCGUAAAGGACAAAAAAAAAAAAAACAGGAAAGAGAACAGAGGUAGCACAUCCCAGUCUGUUUCUGUCUUGGUUUUUACCUGGUUCCGUGGAACGACUUUAAGGACCGAAGCUUUUUCCUGCGCGCCAUGAGCGUGGCACGGACAUCCUCGCUGUUGUUUUGCACUAUAUCGAAUGCAGCAUGUUUUGCAAGGUAUUUUCAUGAAAUCUCAAAGCUGAGCUCUGUUGGUAAGCGCUGUAGUUUUACACUGCGAGCCAGAGAGUCUGGGGUUGCAGGGAAAAGUGCAGAGAAAGGGAAGAGCAAGUGUGCGAGGCAUGCACUGUGCAGCUGUAAGGAGUCACCAGUGCUUUGCAAACAGAAGCAGCCCAUAAGCAGUUGGCUGUCCCCACGUGCACCCAAGCAAAAAGGGUGUCCAAGGCAGGCACUUUAAAGUGGAGAUUAUCACAAGCAGAACAUGGAGCUGCAUAUUCCCCUGGCACAACUUCCUUGACGCUCAGGAGAUCUCCGCGUGAGCAGGGAAUCGGAUAGUCCAGAGCUCUCCUCUCUGCUCUGGGGGUUUAUCUGAGUACCUUGCUGGCUCCAGCAGGGACAAUAUGCUCCCCACCUCUUCUUCACCUGUAAAACCAAGAUGAUGAUGGUCACAGUAGCUGUAUCUGCUUUGCAUUAAUUGAUCAACUGUUUGGAAAAUUGGAAGGACCCUGUGUUGUCACGUUAAUGGAGAACGUGUGCAUGGAGCAAGAGCUGUGCGUGGCUCUGAAGGGGUUGUUCAGGGCUUGACGUCUGGUCUGUGAAGCUCAGAUUAUGUUUAAAGGCAAGCUAGAGAAUAUUUCAGAGCACUCUGUCAGUUGUUGAAGCAAUCAGGUCCCAUAAAUGAAAAGACUGUGGUGUUACACCAGUACGUUACUUUUUUUUUUCCUCCUUUGCAUUCAUUUUGUUACUGAGGCUCUGAAUCCCAUGGCUUUGCAGCACAGUUGACGUAAAAACUGUGUAUGUUGUUACAGUGGUGCGUAUCUUGGAGUGUCUGGUACUUCUAAUAGGAGACCUCCCAUCCCUUUGUGGGAGCGGAGGAUGUACGUAAAAGCAGCGGUUUGGGACAAAGUAAGAUAAAUCUGUUCGUCUUCCAGAUAUCAAGUAACUUAUUUUGUUAUUAUGUUCUACUCUUUCUCCCACUGAAAAUAAGUGUCAUUCCCUCCAGAUGAUGUAGGUAUAACCUCAUGUUUUCUGCAGGUACAUAUGCACAAUAUAAAGACUCAUUGCACGGUACAGUGUUUCUAAAAUAGAUAUUUAAAUAGUAGUUUUCCUCCUACUGUAAAUUAAGGGUCGGGUUUUGUGGCCCUCAAGCAAGAAGGCUAACGGCUCUACCUAGACAGUACACAAAGCCCCGAGCAGCAUCUGGGGCCAGAUCUUCAGCUGCUGUAAAUAAGGCAUUGCUCCACUGCUUCCUGACUGAGGAUUUUACGUGGUGUUUAGGAGAUACGGAUGCUCAUCUCCCACAUGCAUUAAUGGCAGUGAGCGUCUGUAUCUCACAGACAGUCCUUAUUACCCCGUUCUGUUGUUUAAAUGGAAACUAUAUCUAUCUUGCGUAAAUACUACUUCUCCUCCCUCCCUGUUACGGAUGAGAAUAAAGGAUCAUUUCAACUUCACGUAUGUUUGUAACUUGUAAGUCCACUGGAAAUCUUACAGGAAACGUUGCCAAAUUCUCCUACUUUUCUGGUCCCAGACUCAGCUUGGAAAAAUAUGCUUAAAGUUUAAGCAAAUUCCUACAAAGCGUGAACGUUAAAAAAAAUAUCUUUGUUCUUUACUACUUUUAAUUAAAGCUGCCUCUAUUUCACCCAGACUUUCGCAGAGAACCAGAAAUGUACUGAAUCACAUGCUCUGUCUGGACUAUUUGCAGCAUUAUUCCUGUGGUCUUACCUAAAAGGACAUUUCAGCCACAUAAAUGGUGGGCAUCUAUCGGCCAGGUCCUCGGCUGGGACAAACGAGCACAGUUCCACUGACUAAUGUCAUUUCACCCCAGCUGAGAAUGUGGUCCAUGCAUUUCACUGGAGUUGGGUCAGGGACGGAUUUGGCCCAGUACGCAGUGGCAGCACGAAGCAGUUCGCUAGGCUGAUACUCAGACAGCUAUAACUGAACAGCAACGAUCUAUCCAAGCAUAUACCUCUUUCCAUUUAUUGCUUUACCCUGCCUGUGGAUUCAGGAAGACGCAUUCAGAAAGCUAUUUUCCCCAGAAGUAAGGCUGGAACCAUUUUUAUAGUUGUCAUUAUCAGGAUUAAUGACGAUAAUGGAGAGAUUCACCGCAAUAACCAUUUUCAGUUAAAUUAAGCGAGGCAGAAUUUGGCCCCAUGUGCACAGGAACUUUUCCUGUAUGUAGAUUUCCAGUGCCUGUGCACUUUUCUUACCAAGGACAGACGAGCAACCAACGGGGUGCAUCCCUCCAGUUUCAUGUGAAUCAAAUGUGCAGAACUCCCAGGGGCAUGAAUCCUGUAGCGUUUGUGGUCAAGCAGCAUCUCAAAUCAUAAAAAGAAUAAUAAUUCUAGGAAGUCCAGAAACAAAAUUAAUGACGUUUUACAAGCAAGGAGACCUGAAGUCUUCCUGUAUCUCCUAGCAGUUAUUAUCUUGAAGGAUAUUUUAUAUCUUACUUGUAUGUUUCAUAUAAUUUAAAACUAGCUUCUUACAUUUCUGAACUCAAGGAGGAGGGUGAAUCUUCUGACUUUCGGGAUUCGCGUUCAGAGGAUGUUUGUUCUUUUGCUGCAUGUACUGUUUGUCCAGAACUAACCAGUUAUUUCUGUGAUAUGGGUUUAUUGUGCCUUACAACAAAUAAGAAAUUUAAGCGGAAUGUACGCAUUAGAGGAGGGAAUAAUCAGAAGUCUUUACUGCACUGUUAGAUGAUGCCGACCCAGAGUAUCAUCAAACGUAGCUGUGCUUAAUUACCCAACCAAAGAGAUCUAAAAAUGUGUAUGUUUGUUGUACUGUAAUAGGGGUUUGUGCCUGGACAAUUAAGUGUUUUAUUUGUAUUCUGAGAUGAUGUGAACUUAUUUUUCUAAACACUAUACUGAAUAAACUUUAUAUUUAUACAC